CUCCAAAGUUGAUGCACUUCCGGUGCAUCUGCACUGCAGACAGACGCUUGAAGACGUUUCAAAAAUAUUUUUUUUCAUUACAUUAAUUAUCUUUUAUUUUCGUUGCAAUUUUUCAUAUUCCAUUGAAAUCGGUCCUCUGCAUUUAACCCAUCCCUUUCUCAGGCGGUGUAGGGGACUUAAACCGGGGAACUUGCAGCCUACCCUGGACACAAACUCCUCCAUUUACCCGCUAGAACGUUCCUGCUCGCAUUAAACAGCUGAGGACCGAGAGACUGGGGACAGUUCCAGAGAGGACACAGAGCUGCUGACCAAGUUUCAGGCAGCAGAAAAUCAUAAAAUACAGGUUAUAUGACUGUAACCUUGAUCUACUAGAACAUGAGAAGGCAGCAAACAAAGAUUGUGAAAAGGAGAACCCCAGGUUUACAGAGGAUGUCUGAGAUGAUGAAGGUUGAAGCAGAGGACCCUGGGAGCCUCAGUUUGGUGUCUCCCAUGCCUGCAGCAUCCUCAUCAGAACUGGAGCAAAAACAAGAGGACAAGGAUCUCAAAGAGGUUCUUCAUGACUGGAGCUCCAGUUUGGACCAGCAGGACCCAGAAUCCCCCCACAUAAAAUUGGAAGAAGAGGAACAGUGGAUUAGUCUGGAGGAAGAACAGCUUACUGUGAAAAUGAAGCAUGAAAAGAAACCCCAGUUAUCAGAGCUUCAUCACCUCAAAACUGAAGACAACAGAAAAACUGAAGCUCCAACCAGCAGCUCAACUGAACAUAUGGAAACAGAGCCUGAUGGAGAGUACUGUGGAGGACCAGAACCGGAUACGAAUUUAGAUCCAGUUUGUGUUUCUUAUCAAACCAAGAUGAUUGUUCCAAAAAGAGGUAAAAUAUCUAAACUGUGCUCCAGAGGUAAAACAGCUAAACUGUGCUCCAAAGUUACAUCUCAGAAUAGAGUAGAAGCUGAAGAGAAACCAUUUGGUUGCACUGUUUGUGACAAAAGGUUUAAGCAUAAGGAUCCUGUCAGAUUACACAUGAUAGUUCACACUGGAAAUGUGAAACAUAGCUGUGAUCUUUGUGGUAAAACAUUUAGAGUAAAGAGUUACCUUCAGACACAUAUGAGAGUCCACACUGGAGAGAAACCAUUUGCCUGUGAUGUUUGCUUUAAAAGAUUUUAUGCAACAAGAACCCUUAAAAAUCACAUGAAACUCCAUUCAGUAGAGAAUCCUUUUUCCUGUGAACUUUGUGGUGCAGGAUUUAAGAUAAAGACUAGACUCGAACAGCACAUAUGGAAGCACAAUGGAGAGAGACCAUUUGUUUGUGGUAUUUGUACUAAAAGGUUUUUACACAAACAUAGUCUAAAAAUUCAUUUGCAUGUUCACACGGGGGAGAAACCAUAUAUUUGCAGUGUUUGCAGUCAAGGAUUUUCACGCAAUGGGGAUCUAAAGAGUCACAUGCGUAUUCACACAGGGGAGAAACCGUUUAUUUGUAGUGUUUGCAGUCAAGGAUUUUCACGAAAAGGGGAUUUAAAGCGUCAUAUUCAUUUCCACACAGGGGAGAAACCGUUUAUUUGUAGUGUAUGCAGUAAAGGAUUUUCAAUAAAAGAAAGUCUAAAGCGUCACGUGCGUGUUCACACAGGCGAGAAACCAUUUAUUUGUAGUGUUUGUAGUAAAGGAUUUACACAAAGAGAAAGCCUGAAAGCUCACAUAAGCGUUCACACGGGCAAGAAACCAUUUAUUUGUAGCAUUUGCAGAAAAGGGUUUUCACGAAAAGGGGAUCUAAAAUGUCACAUGCGUGUUCACAGGGGUGAGAAAUCAUUUAUUUGUAGCGUUUGCGGUCAAGGAUUUUCACGAAAAGCGGCUCUAAAAAGUCACAUGCACAGUCAUACGUGUGAGAAAUAAUUUGUUUGUGACGUUUGAUUUCAACUAAAACAGUCUAAAGCAUCACAUAUAUUGUCAAUCAGGGAAAAAAUAUUUUAUUGUCAUGUUUGUAUUAAAGGAGAACACACAUGGCUCUUCACACGGCACAAACUAGCUGUAGUGAGUGUGGAAAAUGUUUUGUAAAGGCAAUAUCAUUGGAAGGAUACUUGAGUCUUCACACUGAAGAGAGGCCGUUUAGUUGUGAUGUCUAAAAACAGAUUUAAACACAACUGUAAUCUUGAACGUCACAUGAAAAUCCUUUCAAGAGAAUGUCUCCUGUAAAGUAUUGUCACAUCAUGGAGUUCUUCAGAAACAUAAAUGGUCAUGAGGGCUGCAACUAAUGAUUAUUAUGACAGUAGACCAGGGUUAGAUGA